CACAAAUCACCCCUUAUCAAUAUAUUUUCCCACACCAUCUUAGUUUUAUCUCCCAGUCACGGGCCUAAAGUACAUAUAUCACACUCACCCCACCUUUCAAGAUGUGCUCUUUUCUCAUCCGCGACAAAAACGCCGAAGCUCGUGACAAGAACCAGUUCAAGUAUCGUCACACCAAUUGUGUGUUCAACCCCCCGGAUGGCAAAUACAUCGUCCGAAGUGAUCCCGUGGAAUGCCUUAUAGCCGGUCAACGUCAAUUCUGGCAGGCUGGACCCCAUGCUAUCACACAUAAACCAAGGGCCACCAUUGACCACAGUGCCAAGCCCACCUUCAAGACGGUCAACUGGAGUGGCGGGGCCGGCGGGGGACACCAGUUGCGAAAGAAAUCUCCCGUAGGCACGGUUCGUUACGAAUCUAAUAGCCCCAAGCCUGUCUUCAAGACGGUUAACUGGAACGGUGGGGGGAACCCAGUGCGAUCGGAAUCUCCCCGAGGUACGACUUUUCGGCUUAGUCUGACGCCAUUUCGUGACAUAUCUGAUAAUGCUAUGCACAAGCUUAUCAAGGAAGGGAGGGGGUUUGGGCUCUGUAAUCGUGAAUCUGGAUUUGGGUUUUCUUUCACCAACGGGGAGGAUAUGGUUAUUGGCCCUCAAGGGAUGAGAUAG